CUUUGAGGACGUGGCCUGGACUUGCGCGUGGAACAGCCCUGCUCUCCCCUUUUCCGCUUUUAAGUUUUUGGUGCAACUCGAUCGGACUUUUUUAAAAAAGCCAAUUAUUCUUAAUCUGCAGGCUAUCGUGGGACCCCAUGGCGUAUCCCCCUGGCUAUGGGGGGCCCGGCUCCAAGCACAGGGCAAGAGGCCCGAUGGUCCCGCAGAAUGCCAAUGCCCCCCAGCUCUUUGACGACACCAGUUCCACCUAUGGUGCCCAGCAAGGAGGUUACCCAGCUCCGGGGAUCGACAUGGGCUUUAACCAGAUUUUUGCCGAUCCAGUGGCCAAUGUCGCCAUGGCCUACGGCUCCACCAUUGCGUCUCAGGGCAAAGAGAUAGUGCACAAAGAGAUCGACCGGUUCAUGUCGAUGAACAAGCUGAAAUAUUUCUUCGCGGUGGACACGACCUACGUCAUGAAGAAACUGGCGCUGCUGAUGUUUCCUUACGUACACCAGAACUGGGAAGUCCGCUACCACAGAGAUGUGCCCCUCCCGCCCCGACAGGACGUGAACGCUCCAGACCUCUACAUCCCAAGUAUGGCCUUUAUUACCUAUAUCCUCUUGGCUGGGAUGGCACUGGGCCUGCAAAAAAGGUUCUCCCCAGAGGUCCUGGGCAUGUGUGCCAGCACGGCCUUUGUAUGGGUGGUCAUCGAAGUCCUUGCCCUUCUCCUGGGCUUGUACCUCAUCACCGUUCAGAGCGACCUUGGCACGUUUGACCUGCUUGCCUAUUGCGGCUACAAAUAUGUCGGGAUGAUCCUUGCUGUGGUGGGUGGCCUGAUCUUCGGCAGCAACGGCUAUUACAUCGCCUUGGCGUGGGCCUCGUGUGCUCUUAUGUAUUUCAUGGUCUGCUCCUUACGGAUGAAGAUCCUUCCGUCCGUGGUGCACGAGGGGCUCAGCCGGCCCAGCGGGCGGGCCCAGAUGUACAUCACGCUGGCGGCGGCUGCCUUCCAACCUCUCAUCCUGUACUGGCUGACAGUGCAGUUGGUCCAUUGAGCUGGGCAUGGGAGAGGCGACAGACAGCGGGCAGAAGAUCCAUCCAGCACUCGGGGAUCCUGUUUGCGAAGAGCCUCUCGCUGCCCUCCCAGUUCCAAAAAGCGCCAUAAAAAUCUACGCUCCAUCACCCCAGCACCCCACAAGUCCUGGUAUCAGCACAUAAGGACAAAUCGAGGCGGUGUGCGGGCUCCAUUUCCCCCAGGGGUAACGCUGAAUUGAGGCGUCCUCUCAGCACUCCACUGCCACCCUGACUAGUCCGAGCGCGGAGGGAAAAUGAUUGUCAAAAAUCCAGCCCCAGUGCUGCCCUGUGGGUGGGGUGUUGUCUGCUAUCAGCCUAUUCUGUUUAGGGUAGUUUUGUGUUCCUCCUUUCUAGGGCUAGCACAGGGAAGAUGGGAAAGUAGCCCCGAGUCAGGCUCGCUCGCCGAAACCGUUUGAGAGCAAAGUUUCUGGUGUCAUGCGUUUUGCCUUCUGGAACAAAGUGCCCUUUCUUCUCCCCCUCUGAGCCGCUGGUUCCUCCAUUUGGUCAUUGCAGUUUCUGCCCCAGCAAGAGGCAGCGUUGGCCACUAGCCACAGAGCACCGAUUGUUCUGCAGUUCACCCUUGGACUGUACUUCUAGAUCAGCCGACCCGUUGUGCUCCUCCCCUCCUCCUCUGUUUUCCUUUAUGAAUAUAUAUUCUGAACAUUUAUAGUUUUUCUUUUUUAAAAAAAAGUGACACUCAGAUUUCAAGCCAGCAAGGAGGCACGCUCAGUGGUUAGAAACCGGGUUGCGAGGGCUGGAGUUUUACGCUGACUCGUCCCGGGGAGCAGUCGAUGAUCUCAUUUCCUCCCGUCUGUUUUUUUUGGGGAGAGUGUUCGUUCUUGGAAGCAAACGAUAAAAUUGUACCAGCACCAGAAAACUGGCUUGACAA